UUGGUUCGUUUUCUUACAGUACGAGUACUUUAAUGCAAUGGAAGGGAACGAGUCCAUGUUGGGAGAGACCGAUGGAUUUUCUGUCCGUGUCACUUUGCAAACAAGCGCUGUCCAAACUCCAACUGACCUCUACCAAUAUACUGUUAAAAUUUUGAACUCGAUUGACUGGACGAAGGAACUAGAUACGAAAUUUAAGGAAAAUUAUAACAAUCAAAAGAUGAAAGCAUGGCAGUAUAUUGGCUUGUCCAAUGGAGUCUAUCGCUGGUAUCCUGGAACUUCUUGGCGUAAUGCCAGUGCGCAUUUACAGUAUUUCGACGUACGUAAGAGAUCAUGGUAUAUUGAUGGUGCGAGUUAA